CUUUCGUCCUCACCUCCGCUCCAUCCGCCAGCUACUCUCGCGUCCCAUUCCGGACCUCAAUUGCCCAGCAUGUUGCCCUGCUUCCGCAGCCGGGUCGCGACCCUCUCCUCCACCUUCACCCCCCGAUUCGCCGCCCGGGCCAGCUACUCGACCACCGUCCCUCGCCUCUCCGAGAACUUCAUCCCUGCCAACGACCCGACCCCGCCUACCGCUAAGCCGAAUGUCUCUGGCACCAAUGCUACUCCUGUGGAUGCCAUGGGCGGCUGGGAUGCUCCUCUGAGGGAGGAACCCGAGGCGGGCGAGCGCACCCGUCACCUCCAGGCUCCCAACCGGGCCACCACCUGGGCUGCCAGCCAGCAGCCCAAGGAGAAGGCCAUGGUUGGUCCUCGCUUCGAGCAGACGAUAAUGGAGUUGCAGCCCCAACCCUUGGCUGCCAUUGAGCUCAUCCACAGACAGCCCGUCCGCUGGACGAAAAAGCGCGUCGUCAGCUGUGACGGUGGUGGCGGUCCCCUGGGCCACCCCAAAGUCUUCAUCAACACCGACAAGCCCGAGAUUGCUACCUGCGGCUACUGCGGUCUUCCCUUCGCCCACGAGCAACACCGUGCCUACCUCAAGUCCCUCCCCGCCACCAGCUACCCUCUCGAGCCUACCGGUGACGCCGCCGAGGUGAACGAGAGCCAGCGUGUGACCGAGGGUGGAUUCGAGCAGCGGUAAAGAUUGAUUUUAUAGGCGUUGACGAUGUUUUGUUUUUAUCCUUUAGCCAUACGGCUGUUGUACAGAUGUACCAGGUCAAUGAAGUCGUUAGAUUGAAUAUUUGAAUUUCUAGGAUAUACUCUGAUAUAUCCACACGUA